GACUAAAGGCUCAGUCUCGAGUGGAGAUUGGUCGUGUGCAGACGGGCGGUGCCGUAGAGUGUGUAACAUACCGUUGAGCUUUCUUUAUUUUUUCCCGUAAAUAAAAUAAAAAGGGGCAGUUGUUGUUUUUUCCCUCGUGUUGUUCCGGAUGUUCUCUUGCGAUGGAUAGGUCGCACAUGUCGACCGAUAACGAAGAAGUUUCAUCAUCAUCCGCCAUGCCGGAUUCGGCUAAAAGCGGAAAUAAGACGAACGCGUUUAAACCUGGCCGGAAAUUCGGAUUGACUGGCCAGCGACAAAAUCAUCAGCAACAGGUCUUUGUGAAUAGUUUCACUAGUGGUGGCAGCACCGCCGAUGGACGCCGGAUGUCUGUACGUGAAGAACAGCGCAACAGCUGGAUGUAUUCCCUGUCUGAGCAAGAGAUGGAGGACAAGUACAACGCCAUUUGUUUGGCUAUCCGCACUGAGAAUCUGACUCUGGGUCAGAGAUUGGAGCACCAGCACGCAGAACGUGAUCUGGUCGAAAACAAUUUGAGCCAAGAAGUUCGCGUGCUCCAUUCGCUGUUUGUCACGGUGAAGCAAGAAGUGGCCCGCACCAGCCAGGCCGGCCCUUAUCGCGACGGUUUGAGUAGUGGCGCUUGGAACGAGAUUUUCAUCAAAGUGGCCAAUCAGCUAGACGCCGUGCACAGCUCGGCAACGAGAAUCAGCUCGUCGGCUGAAUCGUUAGGCGCCGUUGAAUACGAGGCUCGUUUGAGCGCAGCCGUUCAAGUCCUUAUCCUUUACGUCGAUCACAUCAAACGCAAAUGGGAAAAGGAACAUCACGAACUGGAGGAAACGAAACGGAUCCUGAAGGAAAGUGGGGUAAACGUUGCCCAGUGUUUGGCUAAUCUACCCGAUCGACUGGGAGCUGGGGCCAAUCAACAACCUAGCGUACCCGUCAGCAAAAGACGGGCCAGUUUCCCUGCGGCCCCUUUUCGCCGUAUUUCACUCAAACCUCCCCCGCUGGUCAUCGGUAAUACUCGACGGUCGACAACGCUGUCGGACCCAUCAGCCAAUAACGACUGUGUGUCGGCUACCGUACCGAUCGCUGAAGAACGGGAAGACGCAACCGAGUCCGACCACCCGCCACUUUCGGCGUCUUCCAUCAAAACGGGCGACCAUUGUCAUCAGGAGGCUGGUAAAACGACCCUUACUCCGUCUCAGUCGCCAGCUCAUCUGCCGUCCACGCAAUCAGCGCUAGCCACACCAUCGGCCUCUACCGCAAAUAGCGCAAAUGUUCCGUCUGCUUCUGGCGUGUCACUCACGAUUCGAAGAAGGGGGGUCGGCGGCUUGAAGAGCCACAGUUGGAGUAGCGGCCAUACCACCAGUGGAUUGCUGGAUCGUCGAGAGUCGGCUGAAUCUUCUGGACGUCUGGCGGGAGUCGGAGCUAAAAUAAGCUGGUUCUACAAAGCCGGACAUUGGACCCGUCUUCAACUGAAACAAUGGCGCAAGACUGCCGUUACGUACACCUCGUCUUACGCCGAGCAGUGGACUUCUUUGCGACAAAAGAGGCUGCAGCUAUUGCGUUACAGCGCAUCCGCUUGCUUCCUUCUGGCUGCAUUGGUGUCGAUUGUCGUUACUUUUGUUCCGUCUUCGGGUAGCCCGUCGCCUUACAACGCGACAGUCAUGCCCGGCCAUCGAACGGGCCGUUGAAACCUUGCAUUUUGAGCUUAACCCGUUUCUUUUGUUGUUGUUGUGGCGUUUGACAAGAAAGCCAAGGAGGAAUUUUGAUGCUGCUUUAAUUGUGAAUCCCCCCUCCCCUUCUGAAGCCAGAAGUUUUGCGAGCUUUUUAUAUUAUCUUAACGUCUAAUGGAAUGGGCGAUAAAUUGGCCCGGCCAAG